AUGUCUCGUAAUAGUAAUAUUCCGGCUAAUGUAAACGACAUGGAGGAUAUUCAAUUGAAUAUUGACUGGGACGAUGUUGUUUGUCCGAUAUGCUUAGAUAUUCCUCAUAAUAGUGUGCUCCUUCAGUGUUCAUCGUAUGAUAAAGGGUGUCGUGCUUUAGUAUGUGACACAAAUCAGUUGCAUUCAAAUUGUUUGGAUCGUUUUAAAACUGCAUGUGGCGUGCCAUCGUCUUCAGUGUCUGAUGCGAGUUUGGUUGAAAAUAGCGAGCCUGUGGUACCGGAUGGUCAAUGCAAUCUAACUUGCCCUUUGUGUAGAGGUCAGGUGUCUGGGUGGAUUGUCGUCGAUAAAGCUCGGAUGCAUCUUGAUGAGAAGAAGCGUUGCUGCGAUGAGGUGAAAUGUAAAUUCAUGGGAAGUUACUUGGAGAUACAAAAGCAUGCUCAACUUGAACACCCUCACGCGUGUCCAUCGAAAAUCGACCCCGCUCGAGUGCUCGAUUGGGAGAACUUUCAGCAGUCCUCGGAGAUCAUUGAUGUUUUGAGCACUAUCCAUUCGGAAACCCCACGGGGGAUGGUUUUGGGAGAUUAUGUGAUUGAAUACGGAGAUGAUGAUGGGAGAGACGAGUACGAUGACUUCCCUGGAGAUGACGGAAACUGGUGGACCUCUUGUAUUUUAUAUCAGGUCUUCGACAACUUCAGAAGUUCUAGAAAUAGAAGAAGAACAAGAAACAGUGAAGCACAAAGGGCUAAUCGUCGUUUAAGUUAUGACACAUCAAAUUCUGAUGAAGGCGUAGCAGUAAUUAUCGCAGAUCACGGAGACGUCAGUCCCGCUUUCAAGACAUUUAGGUUUGCAGACAACAUGAAUGAAUGCGAGAGCAGAAUGAGGAAAGGACAAACUUUGACAAACUCAUCCAUGCAAAAUUCACAUGUUGAUCAACUAUUGCACUUCUAA